AUGUCUGAACUCCAAACGUGGGCAUCACAUGAGUUCGGAGACAAUGUGCACAUAACGACCAUCCGACGCAUCAUCAAGGACGAAAGAACAACGAUCUCCUACAACAUAAAGGACGAGUCAGCUAAGACUCGAAAGAACUUUCAUCGGCCGCGGUUUCCUGACCUUGACAUGGAAGUUGCCCAGUGGGUCGCGAUGGCUAACGAACAGCAAGCAGGUGUCACUGGAAGGCUCAUACCACGUGCUGCUACCCGUAUUGUUUCCCGCUUAAACCUACAAGGUCAAGUCAAGUGCUCGAAUGGCUGGCUCAAUCAUAUGCAAAUCAGACACAACCUCAAAAUGCACCGCCUCCAUGGUGAAGCAGCGUCUGCAAGCCCUGCCGAAGUCGACUCCGGCCGUGUUGCGCUUCAAAACGUCACCCGCCUGUACCGCGCUCCAAACAUCUACAAUAUGGAUGAAACCGGCCUCUUCUACAAUGGUCAGCCACGCACCACAAUCGCCGACAAGCCUCGUCCUGGGCAGAAACAAGACAAGAACAGAACUUCGGUUGCGUUGGCCACGAACGUGGACGGAUCGGACAAGUUGGCGCCCAUUCUUACCAAUUGGAGGCUGUUAAAGCUGCCUCCAAACACCACUGCGUUUCUCCAGCCGAUGGAUGCCGACAUAAUAGCGUGUUUCAAGCGGCACUACUAG